AUGAGGUGUCCUUCUCUUACACGGCUGCAAUGCCAUACUGUCCCUGGAAUUGUCAGAUCUCCCGUCCGUCUCCAGUCUCAGAACUUCCUGUCGCAACGGUUGCGAUGCGCGUCAACGGCAACUCUGCGGACACCCACUGCUGCUCAAGCUUAUCAGUCUGUGCUGAACAGGCGGUUACAACAGAGAAGGAAUGCCUCGUCUUCUUCCGCCGCUGCUGUUCUUGAAGCCGCCGCCGCGACCCCGGAAACCUUGUCCCAAGAGGCUAUCAUUGAAAACCUCAAUCCUGUUGAGGCGGAGCGUCUGUCCAGAGUUCGGAAUAUUGGUAUUGCUGCACACAUUGAUAGCGGCAAGACCACAUGUACGGAGCGAGUCCUCUUCUAUACAGGUCGUAUCAAGGCCAUCCAUGAAGUCCGUGGUGGCGAUAAGGUUGGCGCAAAAAUGGAUUCCAUGGAUCUGGAGCGUGAAAAGGGUAUCACUAUUCAAUCCGCUGCUACAUUUUGUGACUGGGUGAAGAAGGACGAUGAAGGCAAAGAGCACAAGUAUCACUUUAACUUGAUUGAUACACCUGGACACAUUGAUUUCACAAUCGAAGUGGAAAGGGCGCUGCGUGUCCUCGAUGGCGCGGUCAUGAUUCUGUGCUCUGUUUCUGGUGUUCAGUCCCAGACGAUCACCGUCGACCGUCAGAUGAGACGUUACAAUGUUCCUCGAAUCUCCUUCAUCAACAAGAUGGACCGCAUGGGUGCCAAUCCUUUCAAGGCUAUUGACCAAAUCAACAGCAAGCUCAAGAUGCCCGCCGCAGCAGUCCAAGUGCCUAUCGGGGCUGAAGACGAAUUCGAAGGUGUUGUCGAUUUAAUCCGAAUGAAAUCCCUGUACAACGUUGGUCCUAGCGGUGAAGAGAUUGCGGUGAAGGAUGAAAUCCCCGAGAAAGUCAAGAGUAUCGUAGAAGAGAGGAGGCGAAUGCUCAUCGAAACUCUCGCCGAUGUUGAUGAUGAAAUGGCAGAGCUUUUCCUGAGUGAAAUUGAGCCCACUGAACAGCAGAUCAAGGAAGCCAUUCGCCGCGCGACUAUCGGCUUGAAGUUCACUCCAGUAUUUAUGGGCUCUGCUCUGGCAAACAAGUCUGUACAGCCCAUGCUGGAUGGUGUCGUUGACUAUCUUCCUAAUCCAGCCGAAGUGCAAAAUCUCGCCCUCGAUAAGAAGCGUGACGAAGCCUCGGUGAAGCUCGUCCCUUACAAUUCUCUCCCACUGGUCGGACUUGCCUUUAAGCUCGAGGAAAGCAACUUCGGCCAGUUGACCUACAUUCGUGUCUACCAGGGAACCCUGCGCAAAGGCAUGAACGUGUUCAAUGCGCGAAACGAUAAGAAGGUCAAGAUCCCUCGGAUUGUGCGAAUGCACUCGAAUGAAAUGGAAGAAGUCUCUGAAAUCGGAGCCGGUGAAAUCUGUGCCGUCUUUGGUGUUGAUUGUGCCUCCGGUGAUACCUUCACGGACGGGCAGCUGGGCUACACUAUGUCGUCUAUGUUCGUUCCUGAGCCUGUCAUUUCGCUAUCUAUCAAACCCAAGAGCUCUAAGGAUGGUGCCAAGUUUUCUAAGGCCAUGUCCCGUUUUCAGAGAGAAGAUCCUACCUUCCGAGUGAGCUACGAAGCCGAAAGUGAACAGACUCUCAUCUCUGGAAUGGGUGAAUUGCACCUUGACAUCUACGUCGAGCGUAUGCGCCGUGAGUACAAUGUUGACUGCGAGACCGGGCCUCCCCAGGUUGCUUACCGCGAGACCAUUGGCCACCGUGUCGAGUUCGACCACCUUCUCAAGAAGCAGUCGGGAGGUCCUGGUGACUAUGCCCGUGUGGUUGGCUGGUUGGAGCCUUCGGAGAAGCUUGAGGAGAACAACUUCGAAGAACAGAUCGUCGGUGGCAGCAUCUCUGAGAAGUUCCUCUUCGCGUGUGAAAAGGGUUUCCAUCUCUCUUGCGAAAAGGGUCCCCUCAUCGGACACAAGGUGCUUGGAACUAGGAUGGUCAUCAACGACGGUGCCACCCACAUGACGGAUUCAUCAGAAAUGUCUUUCAAGAACGCCACCCAACAGGCCUUCCGCAAGGCAUUCGUGGAGAGCAACCCGUCGGUUCUCGAACCCAUGAUGAAGACCGUAGUGACCGCGCCUGCUGAGUUCCAGGGUGAUGUGAUCUCACUCCUGAACAAGCGCAAUGCCACCAUCAACGACUCCGAAGUGGGCGUCGACGAGUUCACCGUGUAUGCUGACUGCAGCUUGAACGGCAUGUUCGGCUUCAGCAGCCACCUGCGUGCUGCCACCCAGGGUAAGGGUGAAUUCACCAUGGAGUUCAGUCACUAUGAGAAGACGCAGCCUCAACUCCAGAAGGAACUCAUCCAGAAAUACCUGAAGGCCCAGGCUGACCGACACAAGAAAUAA